AUGUCGGAUGGCCACAGCGACGGCCCCGCAAAUGGCGUCAAUACCACCAGUUCGACGAGCACGUCCACGUCCUCAGCCAGACUCCCGUCGGCCACAGCCACGCCCCUCGCGUGGCGGGAGAUGGAGCUGCUGGAGCCCACCGCAGAAAGCGAAGGGCUUGAGCGUGGUGCUUUGAUCGGUGACGACAUCUUCCUCAGCUGGGGAGGUUUUGCCAUCCUGGCAGCGGUGCUCCUGGCAGGAGGCAUCUGGCGAAUACGGCGCCGGCGCCGCGUCAACCCAAGGGAGCCGCAGGUUCUAGGCCGGCUCUUAGAUGAAGUCGAGGGGCAGGAGCUGGUUCCAGCCACUGCGAAUGGCUACGGCACCAGCUGA